AUGGGCGCAGGGGCCAUUCUAGAACCUCUGACCGUCAUCGUCCUACUCUUCGGAGGCACUUGGAUCAACCGAAGUACAGGGAAAUUUCCUCCUCGAAGACCUCAUCGUAACUCCAAUGUCUCGCGUGGUUCUUCCCCUGGCGCGGUUGAAUCCGGCCUUUCCACCCCAACUGCCAAGGAUACUUUACUGAAUCGCCGUUCUUCGUCUUCUUCCUCGCUUCAGCAAGUCGGUCAAGCCGGUUGGCGCAAGAGACAAAUUGGGUUCUUCGCCUCGACCUUCGAAGUCACGUCGCCAGAUACCACCGUUUUUCACGACCGGUUACUCAGUCGCUUGCUCCGCAAAUUUCCCUUCUUGGUCGAGUGCUGGUACUGGGCGCUUGUAUAUUGGACAUACCAGCUGGGUCGCGCAUUCACGGCUGUCACUCUCAAAGAGGAUACCGUUGAUGUAGCUCGCAAACAUGCACUUCAAUUGAUUCAGAUUGAGCAGGCUUUGGGAAUGUUCUGGGAGGUUUCAAUCCAAAAAUAUUUUCUUCGUCAUCCCACCCUAAUGACCUGGACCAACUGGAUCUAUUCGUUUAUUCAUAUCCCUGGGACCAUCGCCUUUCUUGUCUGGCUCUAUUACUUCACCAUCACGAGGAACCGGUCGGACGAGUCGCAACCAGGAAAACCGCGCGGGCUUGUUGGCGGCUCACCCGCGGGAUCCCACCUAUACCAAGCUCGGCGUCGAACGCUCGCUGUGUGCAACUUGCUUGCCUUUGUGGUCUUUACUCUGUGGCCCUGCAUGCCACCUCGUUUGCUGAGCGAUAAGGAUGCGAAGGGGCCUGACGCAGCCUUGGGUCGUAGCUAUGGAUUUGUUGAUACCGUGCACGGAGUCAAUGGCGCGGGUAGCGUCUGGACCGAGAAUCGCUUUUGCAAUCAGUAUGCUGCCAUGCCUUCUUUGCACUUUGGCUACUCCCUUAUGAUUGGUCUCACCAUCAUGACCAUCCCGCUGCCGCCACAUCAGCGACGCCGCACCCGCGUGGCUAUUGGCCCUUUGAAGCUGCAGCUUCCGUCGUGGCGUCGGCUGGGCUGUCUCGUGCUGGGUUUUGCCUACCCUUUUGUGAUCCUGGCUGCUAUCGUCGCCACCGCGAACCACUUUAUCUUGGAUGCAAUCGCCGGUGCAACGGUGUGUGCUCUCGGGUGGAGAUUCAACGGCAUUCUUUUGAACUUGCUGCCCUUGGAGGAUUACUUUCUGUGGUUGGUUCGUAUCCAUAAACCUGCACCGAACACCAUGGACGGACUCGCAGAUGCAGUCGGCUGGGUCGAUGAUGGCGUUCCCGAACAUACCUCUCUCCCUUGA